UUAGACUAGUUGAGUAUCUGGAGCAUCAGAUACUCAACUAGUAUAUAUAUUAAUAUAUAUAUAUAUAUUAAUAUGAAUAUUAGGGCGGACCGGGGAUGGUUGUAACACUUGCAAUUCCUCCAAUCAGGAGCGAGGUAGAAUCAUAUGAUUCACUGUGCUCAUGCUCAGUUUAGUCUUGAACCCUCAUGUGAAAAAGCAAGUCCUUGUGAUAAACUCUGCAGAUUAUAUUGGCAGAAAUCUCAUUUUGAGGUAAGAAGCAUUCCUCGAUCAUGGAAAAGAAAGACAGAUGGGGGAGUACCUCUCCACCCUUUGAACAUUGCGUCAAAUGAUGUAACAGAGCAGGGGAAAUCAAUCAGAUCAGUUGCAAAGUUGUAUGGCAUAUGUCAUGUGAUGCUGUGCAGAUUCUGCAAAAAGAGAAAGAAGCUACUGGAGAAGUGGUCGAGAGAGCUUGUACUCUACCAUAGUGGAAACAGGGUCUUCAUUGAUGAGCAGGAGCAGAAGUUGUCAGAGUAUCUCUUGAGGGCAGCUGAUUUAUGUCCACUUCCAAGCCACCUCUCCAGCUGCCUUCCAGGCCACCUCUCCAGCUGCCUUCCUGGCCACCUCUCCAGCUGCCUUCCUGGCCACCUCUCCAGCUGCCUUCCAGGCCACUUCUCCAGCUGCCUUCCAGGCCACCUCUCCAGCUGCCUUCCAGGCCACUUCUCCAGUUGCCUUCCAGGCCACUUCUCCAGCUGCCUUCCAGGCCACUUCUCCAGUUGCCUUCCAGGCCACCUCUCCAGCUGCCUUCCAGGCCACUUCUCCAGCUGCCUUCCAGGCCACUUCUCCAGUUGCCUUCCAGGCCACCUCUCCAGCUGCCUUCCAGGCCACUUCUCCAGUUGCCUUCCAGGCCACCUCUCCAGCUGCCUUCCAGGCCACCUCUCCAGCUGCCUUCCAGGCCAGCUAAACGCCUGAAUACACCCAUUCAAGCACUCAGAAGGAAAAAAUAAUAUUUGCUCUGCCUAAAAAAACAGCUGGAAAAAAGCAAGCCAAAACAAACCACACCGAAUAACAACUAAAAACUGCCCUGCUUAAGAAAAAAUACAAAACAAAGCAGAUUGAACCAGAAGAUUCAGAUUCCUCCAACGAGGAAAACUUUAACGAUUCCAAGUCCAAGGAGGUCUGGUUGCAGUGCUGGGAAUGCAAAGUAUGGGCCCACCAUGCCUGUACCACUGUCACAACUGUGACUCUGAUUAAGUGAACAUGUCCAACAUUCAGUCACACACACACACCAGAAAUGUUCAGGUGUUUAGUUUAGCCUAGUUGUUGUUUGGUUGAGAAAGACCAUUUAGUGGAGGGUUAAAUAAUAAACAUUUUAUUAUUUAUAUUAUUAUUUCUGCCAAACAAAAUGGUAAACAUGGCAAUGUUGCUCUCAUGGUCUCAAUAAAGGCGUUCAAUAAUUA